AUGUCAGUUCCCCGGAAAAGAGGACUAACAGUCAGUCGGAAGAUUAAAGUAGUGAGUCCUCUCAAGAAUAAUCCAAUUAUUGUCGACUCUGAUUACACACAAGAAAUGCCUAACAUCCCAAUGCGGAUUCAUCAAGCUUCUGACAGAAGUAUCUCCACUAAUCCACAAUGCGAUUUAACUAACUUCUUUGUUCAAAAUUACAAGACGGAGUCAACUACACCUCCUCCACCAACAUCACCAGUCUCUAAAAUCAUCACCCCUAAAUUCUCUUUGGUUGACUCCCUCAUCCAAAAUUAUGACUCGGAAAGUAUUAGCGUUAUACAACAACUCUCUAUCUUACAGAAGAAACAGUUCACCUUUAUGGAAAGACCACUCAAAGAUCUCAUUCAAUCGUUGAACACCGACAACACUUCCUUAUUGUAA